AUAUUUAUGUUUCCAGAAUAGUCGUGGAAAAUAAUUUCACCAUAUUAUGGAAAAUUUUCUAUUUUUUAAAUACCCACGAAUCCUGUAAUUUAUGUUUCUUCAUAUUUUUUGUAAAAAUAAUUUAAAGUAUCGUAUUCAGUGAAAAAACAAAACAAUAAUUAUAAAGUAAAUAAAGCAUAUGUAAAUUUUAUUUCAACAGAAACCAUUUAGAAACAUUUAAAAAAUCUGGAAAAUAUUGGUAAAGUACAAUUAAUAUCAUUUCAUUACAUAUUAUUUUAUACAGAUCUUUAAAUUUGUAUAUUGAAAAGAAGCCAUUUGUAUGACCUCAAAAAGUAAAUCUAUAAUCGUUUGUCAUCGACGAUCAAGAUAUGAAAUACGUGAAUAUAUUUAAGAAUUUAUUAUCAAAAUCUCAAUUACACCCAAUAUUUUACAGUAUUUUUUAAAUAGUUGGCCCUUUUUACGAUGAUUUCGCGAGGUUGGCGUGUUUGAUAUCGUUGUAUGCUCUUGCGAGGCGGCCAUCACGGCAGUUUGUGGCAAGCUUGGCCAGCGGGUAUGUGUUAAGUGAGUGAGAGUGGUGUUGCUCCGUAUUUUUCACAAUUCUAAUGUGGAUUAUCACUCAAAAAACGAAGAUUCCGGCUAUGAAGGAUAUUAUUUACUAGAAGAUAUUCACGUAAAAUGGAAUAUAACUUAUAUCCAUUGAAGUGCAAAACCAGCUGAUUGGUAGGCCCGGGUCAAUUUUAUUGAAAUUUCGCGGAGGAAAACAAUGGAACGACCACCCCGUAACGAGCCGCCGGUGGAGCCCGUCAAUGGAGUGGUACAACCACCAGUUCAUCCGCCUCCAGACAGCCCGGGGCGUAUUACUAACCAGCUGCAAUUCUUGCAGAAAACGGUUUUAAAGGCUGUUUGGAAGCACCAAUUUGCUUGGCCAUUUCAACAGCCUGUGGAUGCCAAAAAACUAAAUUUGCCCGACUAUCACAGAAUAAUUAAACAACCAAUGGACCUGGGAACAAUUAAGAAGCGAUUAGAUAAUAAUUAUUAUUGGUCGGGCAAAGAAUGCAUCCAAGAUUUUAACAGUAUGUUCACGAACUGUUACGUUUACAAUAAACCCGGAGAAGAUGUUGUUGUUAUGGCCCAGACUUUGGAAAAGGUAUUUUUGACAAAAGUGGCUGAUAUGCCAAAGGAAGAGAUAGUGGUGGAAACCCCGCCUGCCAGAGGAGCAGGGAAAGGUAAAAAAGGUCGUGCCAGUACAGCUGGUGGGGUUAAUCCUGCAGCCGCUUCGGUAGGUAGAGGAAGACCUCCAGCAACAGUUUCAUCCACUAGCGUUACUCCAGUGGCCACGACCACAGGAUCUUCAGGUUUACCUUUGGGCACUCAAGCACCAUCUACAGUUCCGGGCAGUACAGCGACUACUACUAUAGCUGCAGCUAAUAUGAAUAACAGUUCAUUAUCCUCACAGCAACUAAACACUCCCAAUACCAUUCAUGGUAGCGGUCCCAAUUUAGCAAAUUCCCUAGACCCCAGUGGCGUCCUACCAGGGAACGUCAUGCCACCUGCACAACCAGCUAAGGUAAAAAAGGGCGUGAAGAGAAAGGCCGAUACUACGACGCCUGCUACUGCCUACGACUAUCCACCUACUCUAGAAUCGAAAUCAGCAAAAAUAUCGACACGUCGAGAGUCAGGCAGGCAAAUAAAGAAACCUACAAGGCCUGAACUAGAUGGUCACGUACCACAACCUGCCUCACAUAAAACUAAAGAAAAGCUGCCAGAAUCCCUUAAGGCUUGUUAUGAAAUUUUGUUGGAAUUAUUCUCAAAGAAACAUUCUAGUUACGCUUGGCCGUUUUAUCAACCGGUAGACGCGGAACUAUUGGGUUUACAUGACUAUCACGACAUAAUUAAAAAACCAAUGGACUUUAGUACAGUUAAAAGUAAAAUGGAAAAUAGAGAAUACCGCACACCGCAGGACUUCGCCGCCGACGUUAGACUGAUUUUUAGUAAUUGUUACAAAUACAACCCUUCUGACCACGAUGUGGUUGCCAUGGCGAGGAAGUUGCAGGAUGUGUUUGAAGUUAGAUAUGCUAAAAUCCCCGAUGAACCAGUUAACCGAGCUGUUAAUAACGUAGCCGCCAAAUCGGAAUCCAGUUCUUCCGGUUCAAGUUCGGAUUCCUCUAGUGACACUGAUGACUCGGAAGAAGAACGACGAACUAAACAACUUAAAUUACUGGAGAAAGAGCUAACGGCGAUGCAAGAAAAGAUGCGUAAAUUAGUAGACGAAAGUUCGCGCAGGAAAAAAGAGAAGAAGAAGGAUAAAGUAAAGAAAAAACCGACAUCAGGUGCGUCAAUAGCGAAUGCCUCUUUAUCAACGUUACCAAAUAGUAGCAGCGCGGGCAUGGGUAAGCCGGGCUCCGGUGGACACGGGUCCUUAAACAAGUCAAACAACAACAAUUCGAUCACCGCGGAUAGCGUUGACGACAGCAUCGCUAGUGUUGUGUCGGGAGCUGAUCUGAAGAUGGCUGGUUCUGAUUCGCACCAUCCUCAAACGGGUGCGGCGACGACACACCAUCCGCCUGCUGGUAAGUCGAUCAACAUGCAUCACAACAUGGCUGCGAACGCUGGCGCCAACGCUUCCGCGCAGGCAAAAACACCUAAAAGUAAAGGUCUUCGAGGCAAUAAACCAGCAGCAGCGACAAACGCCGCUCCAAAUAAAAGGGUAAAAGCUAAUAAUAAAGCCGGUGCUGGCAGGAAAAAGAAUGCAGUCCAACCGCCUCCGGUGCAAUUCGAUUCUGAGGACGAAGACAAUGCUAAACCUAUGUCCUACGAUGAAAAACGUCAACUAUCACUAGAUAUUAACAAAUUACCUGGCGAUAAAUUAGGGAGAGUUGUACAUAUAAUCCAAUCCAGAGAGCCGUCGCUAAGGGAUUCAAAUCCUGAUGAAAUCGAGAUCGAUUUCGAAACUUUAAAACCGUCUACUUUAAGAGAAUUGGAAAGUUACGUCGCAUCGUGUCUUCGUAAAAAGCCACAUAAAAAAGUAGCUGGCAAAUCCAAAGACGAACAAAUAGCGGAAAAGAAGCAGGAGCUAGAAAAGAGAUUGAUAGAUGUGAACGACAAAAUCGGUAACACGAAGAAAACGCCUAAAAAAGAUGAAGCGAAUAAGGUGGAUCCUACUGGCGCCAGUGGACCAUCUGGUCGCCUUUCAUCAACCUCUAGUAGUUCGGACUCUGAUAGUAGCAGUAGCAGUUUAUCGUCAAGCUCCAGCGAUUCCAGUGAUAGCGAAGCAGGUGGACCUACAAAUCGGCAGAUUAAGAAGAAGGGGACAAAAAAAUCACCAAAUCCUUCUGUAGGCAAUUCCAAUAAUGUGCAUGCUGGUCCAACGGUGUCAAUAACUAGUACACCCGUACCAGUAUCUGUUACUACAGCUCCUACUAUAACCACGGCAGUAAAUACCACUUUGCCAUCAAAUGCCAACGUUACAGCAUCAACAAAUACAAUCACUCCUCAAAUUCCAUCUACGCCCGUCGCGCAUGUUACUGCUCCUCCUCAAACAACGCAAGCAUCGCCCAUAGCAAAUGUUACACCGAUUAUGAAUGUUAAACAAUCGCAACAAACAACACCGAUCACUCCAAUAGCACCUCCUAUUGUUAAACCUGAAAAAUUACCUGCCGUAACGCAUUUACCGACUACCGUUCCUACAAUAAUUCCUACAACUGUACCACAAGCCCCUAAAGCUGUAGCGCUACCUACCCCUUCUCCAGAUAAACCAAAACCUAACAUCAUAUCACCAAUUGGUACUUAUACCGACCCCAUUGAACAAUCUUUAGCUAGUCUAGAGCAUGAUAUUAAACAAAACGCCGCGAUGGAUGUUAUGACUGCAUCUUCCAUGUUACAAAUGCCUACAACCUUGAGCAAUCCCAUAGUUCCUCCACAUUCACAUCCUAAUCUAAAUUUAAAUCCCACCAUUAACCAUCCUGUUUUACAGCCGGGAACGUUGAAUAUGGACUUGAAAGCUCCAGUAACUAUAGGAAAUAUGGCGCCGACGAACGCGUUGCUACACCAUGGGUUACCGAAUCCCAUGGAUUCAGAAAUGCCAGGGUUGAUACCACCUCAGCCGAAUAUGUUACACACGCAAAAUAACGGAUUUGGCGGUAUGAAACACGAUUUCGAUUUACCCACUAAUAACAAUGGUAUGUCUUCUAUGGGUUUACCAAUGGAAUUAUCGAUACCUUCGAUGUUUGAUCCCCUGCCGCAACAUCUAAACACCCAAUUGAUGAAAAACGAUCAUCAAAUUAAAAUGGACGAACGGAUAGACACUCUAAGCGGUCUUUUGAAUGAUAAAAAGUCACUUUCAUUGAACCAAAAACCUGUAUCGCAAUCAUACGGUUUCAAGACUGAAAAACCAGAACAUAAUGUUAAAAAUGCAAGUUCCUGGUCUAGUUUGGCUAAGGGUAAAUCGCCGCAAAACAACACGACACCCGGCGGAAGUAGUAAACAACAAGUUAUGGAUAGUUUCAAGCAAUUCCAAACUAAAGCAAAAGAAAAAGCCGACAGAGAAAAACAAAGACUGGAAAACCUAGAGAUAAAGAGACAACAAAGAGAACAGGCCGAAAGGGAGAGAUUGCGAGCAGAGAAUGAACGCAGACGUGAGAGAGAAGAGGAAGAUGCGUUGGAAAAAGCAAGGAAAGCCGUAGCUGAUCAACAACAAACCAUACCCAGCCAAAGGGUAGAGGAAUUGAAAUCAUCGCCUGGAGAAGGUAGCACUUCACCGGGUUCACUGAGUUCUGGUUCGGAAAGGAUAUCAGAUAGAGAAAGACAAAGGUUACAAGAACAAGAAAGACGAAGACGAGAAGUGAUGGCAAAUAAAAUCGAUAUGAACAUGCAAAGUGAUUUAAUGGCGGCUUUUGAAGGUUCAUUAUGAGCGGUGAUAAUAAUGUGCGGUAGACUGAAUACUAAAUUUAUUAUUGAUAAAGAGACUCGCACGAGCCAGUUUUGUGUAUUUAAUGUAUUUAUAUGACAAUUUUAAUAGGUGUUGAAUAUUGUUUAGACGCUCAAAAAAAAUAUUUGAACAUGCUUCCAUUAUAAUGAGUUUCGAUUAACAGAGAAUCAUUUCAUACUUUCUGUUUGAUCAUUAUUUCUUGUUUUGUGUUCUUGGCCAGACUCUGAUUUUUAAAUAUUUUUAUAUAUACAUAUAUAAUAAUUUACGACAUUUUCCACGUGGUUUGUAUAUAGGAUAUACUAUAAAUUUAUUACAAAUUGUACAUAGAAAAAUACUGUUGGGUUGAUUAAUGUGUUAGUUUUUAUUUUAUUAAGUAUUCCUUUUUCCCUCACUUGUUUUUUGUUUAGUUGUACCUUCUGUCUUUUCGCAUACAAACUGAUUUAAAGUACCCCCGAUUUUUUUUAGAUUUUCAAAAUUAUUUUCGUAUACAGUAUUUGAUCAUAUUUAUCAAAAAUUUAAACAAAUAUUAAAAAAAAACUAUUAAAUCGUCUAUUACAAACUUUGUAUUUUUCAUUCAUCACUUCUUCCCUUUCCAUUUUAUAGUGAUUUUGAAACGUUUUUUAUCUAUUCAGUCGGAUACCAUUGCAAACAAAACAGUAGUAUAUUUUAUUUGACAACUUUUUCCUUCGUCAAGUUAAGGUAUUUCGGGUUAAUACAAUUGGAACUUGUAGUAUACUUUUUGUAAUAUUCCGUUUGGAAUCAAACCAAGUUAUUGUACACAAAUUCUUUAUUCAGUAAAAAACCAUAAUAUCAACUAAUCCAAUCAACUGCAGUGAAGUGACAUUUGAACCACUUUUUUUAAACCUUAUUGUCCACAUAGUAACUACAUUCCAACUAGCAUCCAGCAAUUUGUUCAUUAAAUGAUUUUUCUCUAUUUUUUCAGGGGUUAGUCUGUUGGUCUAUCUAUUUAUUCUAGUUCUGCUUUUUAUUUCACGAAUAAUACACUGCUUAAUUAAUUUAAUGAUUUUCAAGGUUCUCUCUAUAGUGUUAAUUAUCCGCUUUGACAUUUUUCCUAUAAUUUAUUCAAAUGGUAUGGUUAUUUGUAAUAUGGUAAUUAUUCCUCAUUUUUUUGAGAACUUCUAGGUUUAACUGUGUUUUAGUCUUGCUAGCCUCUGCUAUUUGAUUAAUAAUAAACUAAUUUGACUUUUAAAAUCCUGUGUACAAUAUUAAAUAUUGAUUAAAGAUUUUUAGUAUCAAGUAAAGUAUUAUAUUAUGGAUUCUUAAUAAAUAAAAUAUGUGAAAUAUAUGGAAUUGUAAUAACUCGUGGAAACACUUCAAAAAAUAUUUUUUUAAAUUGUUUGUCAUAACUUAGUAUCUCACAAAAGUCUUAUUUUAACUCUUUUUGGAGUGUUGCAUAAAUCCUGUAGCUCCGAUAGUUUUUAUUAAUUUUCUUUUUGUUUAACAGACUCGUUUCAUGCAGUACAAGGUAUUUCAGGUCAGUGAACUCAGUUGGAAGUAUCUGCUUUUUGUAAUUCCUCAAUUAAAAUAAACAUUGGUUUUUCAACAAUGUUUUCCAAGUUUGAUACUAUCUAAAUUGUUUCACACAAUAAAUCCUUCGUUUUAUGAACAAAACCGCGUGUUUUUGAUUAACAUGGUAUUAUCAAAUGUUUUUACAGUGAUGUGACAUUUGAACUACUUUUAUUAACCAACGAUUGUUUGAAUUUCAACGCGGUCUAAUCAACUGUAAAUAUAUGCGUUGAAGUGACAUUUGAACUACUUUGUUUUAAUCUACAUUCCAAAUAGCAUCCAGCAAUUUGUUCUUCAUUAAAUGAUUUUUCUCUUUUUUUUUAGGGGUCAGUCUAUUGGUCUAUUUAUUUAUUCUAGUCCUGACAGUCUGUUAUUCUAUGAAUAACAAACUGCAAAAUCUAAUGACUUUUCGGAGUUCUCUGUACAGUAGUAAAUAUCCGCUUUGACAUUUUUCCAAAUAUUUUUCGAACAAAUGGUUCAUAAAUAAGUUUGGUAUGUUUUAAUUUCUUUCUUCUUCAUUUACUAAAUUUUCCCUAUGUUUUUGAGAACUUCUAUGUUUAACUGUGGUUUACAGUGCUACUAGCCUCUGCUAAUUGAUGAAUAAUAAACUGAUUUGACUUUUAAAAUCCUGUGUACAAAAUUAAAAAUUGUAUAGUCUUAAAUUGUGAAUUAUUAAUAAAUGCAAUAUAUGAAAUUAAAAACUAGUUCAUACACUUAUGAAAAUAUUUUUUUUAAAUUGUUAGUCAUAACUUAGUAUGUCACAAAAGUGUUAUUUUAACUCUUUUUGGAGUGUUGCAUAAAUCCUUUAGCUCCGAUAGCUUUUAUUAAUUUACUUUUACUCGUUUCAUACAGUAAAAGGUAUUUCAGUUCGGUAAACUCAUUUGGAAGUUCUCUGCUUUUUAUAAUUCCCCAAUCAAAAUCAAACCAUGGUUUUUCAACUAUGUUUUCCAAGUUUGAUACUAUUAAAAUUUGUUGCACACAAAAGUGAUGUGACUUUGAACUACAUUUGUUAAUCAACGCUAGAUUUAAUUUCAACGUUGUCUAAUCAAUUGUGUAUAUAUUCAGUGAGGUGACAUUUGAACCUUUUUUUUAUAAUAAUAAAAUAAGGCGGAUCUUUGAAAUCGGGGGUGUUUUGAAACUAGUUUAUACCUUUUUGGAUAUCAAUGUGAGAACAAUCUUUUCUGCGUUGGUUCACCUUGAAAAUCGUUUAAACAAAUGCGAUACUCAUAGUAUUUAGUUUAGUAAUAAAUGUAAUUUUUUCGUAAAAAAUUAAAAAAAAAAUGAUAUAUAAGAGUGUACAUUUAUAUUAAUUUUCCGCGGGCACAUAUUUAAGAUUCAUAGAUGUUUUCUUUGUAAAUUGUUACUUUAGUUUAGUUUAUCUUCCUAAUAUUAGAUAAAUUGAUUAUAACAAAAUAUAUAAUUACCUCAGUUGCGUAUUCAAAUAAUUAAAAAUCAAAUUUAAAAAAUUAACCAAAAAUUUUUGGUCACUGACCGUCUCGUUUUACAAUAUUUGUUAACUCAUUAUAGCGACUCGAGAAAAUUACAAAACUAUCGUUUUCACUGUUUAUGGGAGUAGUAAUUCCAAUAUAAACCUACAAAUUUGGUCAAUAAUUUUUUAUUUUGAAACCAAUUAUUUCGUUUGAAUUUAAAACUUGAUAAAGUAGAGUCGAAACUAAAAACUACUUCCUGGUAUCAAACAUAAUAUUUCUAUAAAUGUGAGUGCUGCAUGUUGUUAACUGAUGUUGUAAAAUAUCUAGAAGACAUUAAGAGAUGAUAGGUGACAUAUUAUAUUGUAUUAAUUUUAAUUGAUCUCUUUAUAAAAUUAUUUUAUUAUAUGAAAUGUUCGAUUUUACCACAAAUUUGAAUUAAAUAACCAAAUGUCAUAAUGAUUUGGAUUUUUUUCAGAUUUGUUAUAAGUCCAUUUAUGUGAGUUUCUAGUGUUUUUAGAAGGUUUAGAAGAUGCAAAUAAAUUUGCAUUAAAAGACGUGACAAUUAAAAAUGGGAUUUGUGUGGAAUAAAAUCAAUCAACGAACGGAAAUUUUAUGUUAAGUUAAAAUUAUAGUAUUAUAUCACUUUACUAAUGAGAUAUUUUGAAUUUAAAGUAUUUUCAGUUGUUUAAAAAUCCUGUUAUACUAGAAAAUAGAAUUUACGAUGAAAAAUAUUCCGAAUUACUACAAAAUCUCUUAACAAAUACAAUAUCUGAUACUUCUAGCUUUCCAUAGGUCGCUGGUUCAUAUUCACUUCGAAACAACUAUACAGUGAUGGUAAAUAACAUGUUCGGUAUAGAAAAACGAAAAUUUUAUCUAUUAAGUGAGUGUAUGAACAAAAAUUUGGUAAAUAAUGUUGGAAAAGAAAAAAACAGAAGGUACAGAUAAAUCACCCUUAUUGGCAUCCAUAGUAACCACCAUUGUACACAACAUACUUUGGACGGACUACGUUCAUAAAGCUUCUGAAACCUGAAUAGCCGAUCAGAUGUCCAUGUAUAACUGACACGACUUCUAGCCAAGAGAAUAUAGUGAAUAAUCCAGAUCAAUCAACCAAGUAUCAGCACAUGUGGAUUGCAGAACCCUGCUCAGUCCUGAUCAACUCUAGCCAAACAUGCCGGAUGCGUCGUAGUAAUCGUUUCAAAACUUCCUUGUAGAGUGGGGCGUUCACGGUUUGAUCAACAAGAACGAAAUCCUGAAAGAUUUCAUCGUUAUCAUAGUCAACUUUCGUGAACGCUAUUCCAUCGAUUGCCACUUGGAAUCCGGAUCGAACUGGUAGCACCAGGUUCGCAUAGUGAGAUGGUUUCCAAUCAUACAUGGUAAUGAAAUCUUCACCGGUUUUUAUCAGUUUUAAUUUCUUAUCACCCGAUAACAUGUGUGGCACAAAUCUGGAACAGAUCUUCCAUGAUGAUGGUGUGAUUCGUCUUCUUUCUAAUGCUCUAUUCCUCCGCCAUCAACUGUACAGUUAGUCGAUAACCGACAGUGGCUCAUCUUAGUCAUUUGCUUGUUUGUUGCUAAAACCUUUGAAUCAGUUGUAAAUAGAUUUUUUGGUACUGGUACAAUUUGACCAACAUUUCAUGUAACAAAACUUGAUACAGCUACGAGGUUUCCUGUUAGGUAGCGCUUCUUGUCUCUGGAUUGUCUCAUACAAAAGCGUGAGCUUAGAACUUAUUCACUUAUUCUUGCUAUCAAACAAAAAACUAAAAAGAUGUAAAUAUAACUAAAGUUUGUGAAAAACAAUUGAAACUACUUUCAAAAUAAAAGAUAUGCACAAAUUAGUUUUUCUAUUGUCACACUGGGUGCCUCAAGUACAACCUGAAUGUGGAUUUGAACUACAAAAGACCAAUGAGAUAAAUGUCAUAAUUGCAGUUUGAACGAUCAACAAUAUAUUUCUCAAUAUUAAUGUUAAAAAAUAUUGAAUUAACCCAACUGAUUUGUAUUUGUUGUACAUUUUACCUAGUUGGGAAUAUAAAAAAAAGUUCAAAAAUUUUUAAAUCCGUAUUUGUUUUAAGUGAUUUCCUUUUAUUGCAAUUUUAGCUUCUAUUAUUACAAAUGAAUAUUUCAACUGGAAGCUUACAAAAUUUUAAAAAAUGGCUCUUUUUCUGUGUAUAAGUUUUCCAUUAAUUCUUGACGAAAUAGUACCAAAAUGUUUUCGGUUGGAUUCCACGGACAAAUUUGGAAAAGACACGAGUGUCAUCUGUAAUAUCUCUUGCCUAACCAAAAAGAACGAUUUUAUUUAACUGAAUAUUUCUAUGAAAAACAUUGUAACUUUAGAAAUUUAGAUAGAAGGAAGUGUGUCGUUGAAUGUAAUUAAAAUGAUUAUAAACAAGUGGGGUUAAUAUUAAGCAUGAAUUAAAUUGUUUAUUGAUAUCAAUUUUCAAGUAUUUGGUCUUUUCAAUGAUUUCUCAAGAUUACUCUAUUAGUGAUAACUGCCCGACAUAAACUUGAAUGUCAGGUUGAAUUUAUAUUGUGCUAUAAUUUACCAAUAUUUCAAUCACCUGGUGCAGUUGUUCAAAAGACCCUUAUUAAUAUUAAAACCACUUGAACUUUUAAAAAUUAAUACAAAAAGUAAUUGUACAAAAUAAACCAACCCAAUGAAUAAGAAAUUAUUGGGUUUUUUUUAUCGGAAUAAUAUUAAAUUGUGUACACUUUUAAUAAAUUUAUGCCAAGUGCAAGUAUAUGAAGUGAUUAAUAGAUAAAAGUAGGAUUACAUUCAAUAUCCUGUCGGAUUUUUGUAAUUUUAAUUGUAUGAACGAAUUUGUUCGGCUCUUGUUUGAAUGGAUCCACUUUUAUACAUAUCUUUAAAAAAUAAUAGCAAUAAGAUUUAUUUCUUUAUUAUAUUUCUGACCUCGGACAAUCCCAUGAACGAAUUUUUUAUAUUAGCCAGUAAUUUUAUUUGACUUGGUGCUUAAUUUUUACAGAUAUAUCAUUUUAGAACAUUUUUAGUAAAUAUCUAUAAGAUUUAGACAUAAUUAUCCCUAAAAACCAGCUUAAAAACGGGAUGUAGAUAGCGACAUAGCAUUACGAAACUUUUAAGAAUUUAUUAAUUUCAAAUCAAAUGUAUGCAGUGAAGUGACAUUUGAACUACUUUUAUUAAUCAAAAAUAUAUUAAAUUUUUGUGGUUUUUUCAAUUUUUCAACUAAUUUCAAUUUAAAAUUUGUAUGAGAUAAUUUCUUUAACUUCAAAAGUACAGGGAGUAUCCACGUUCUAAUAAGCUUUCUGCAAUGUGCUCUUCUUCUUUAACUAUUUUUCUUCCCUUUUUUUAUAUUCCUGGGUAGCAUAGUCUCGCUAGCCUAGGUAUUGACCCGAGGAUUUUUAACAAUAUUUUCACAUAAUUGAUACUCUUUAAAUCGUUUCAUACAUUAAGUCCUUUGUAUGUCCCAUGAACAAAAAGGUUUGAUCAUAAUGGUCUUAUCAACUUUCAAUAUAGUGAUGUUGCAUUCGAACUACUUUGAUUAAUCAACAACAGAUUAAAUUUUGAAAUUGUGUAAUCAACAGAAUGUACGCAGUGAAGUGACAUUUGAACUACUUUUAUAAUUCAAAUUAAAUUUAUCGUGGUUUUAACAAUUUUCUAAUUUUCAAACUGACAUAUUUCAAGAUUACUUAGAUUUAUAUUAAAUCCACAUAAAACAUUUUUUUAUGGGGGAAUCACUUAGUUUAUCCUAGUUCUGCCAGCCUCUGUUAGUUGAAUAAGAAACUGCUUUUUGGUAUAAAGUAAUGCUUUACUUGAUAGUUCUUAAGAAGAUUACGAAGUUUUUUCUACCUCUGACAGCAAAAAUAAAUUGUGUAAAAUUGGAAUAAUUUGAACGCUUUGUAACACUAAGAAUCUCGUUCUAUUUGCUUUAUAAAAUUAAAUAAAAAUUAAAAUAGUGAAAAGAAAAACAGAAUAUGUUAUAUCUAGCAAAACUUUUUUGCCAUUUUAGAUUCUAUAAUGAAUUCUGUAGCCGUGCUAGCUUUGACUAAUUAAAUUAUGAUAGCUACCAUUUGUUUCCAAAAUUUUCUAAAUUGUUCUAUAGAUAUUGUGUAUUUAAAACUAUUUGAUAAAUAUUUUCACAAAAUCUGAAUUACGCCUUUAAAUAAUAAUGAAAACAAAAUGUUAAUUUAUUUAAAGCAUAUUUUAACCUUAUGAAAAUCAUUAUUGUAACCAAUAAAAAAGGUACUUUGAAUAAUUUAGUGGGGUUGUUUAUCGAGGCCAGAUCCGUAUUAGAAUUUAUUAUUAAUAAUUUUUCUUUGUUGUGUUUUUUUUAUUUAAUUUUAUUUUUGUGCUUUUUUUCCCAUGAAAAAAUAUGUAAAAAAAAUACUGUAAUAUAUCUUGAUUAGUGUUUAGAAAAGUGGUUUACAUUACCAAAAUGAAAAUGUUUCUCCAAUUCAUCGUGUAAGUUAAUAUCAACUUCGUGAUUGGUUAUCAAAUAUGAAUAUUCGAUAUCGCCGAACGUCAAACAAUCGUAAAAACACAUUUUAAUUGUUACAUAUUCAUUGUAUUUUGAUAUUAAUGAUAAGCGUGCUUUUUUUCAUAAUCAGUCCAUUUUUAAGUAUCGAAACUGUAAAUCAUGAAACUGGCUUAAUAUCGACUAUUUGUAUUUUUUACAGUGGUUACAAAAUAAUUUAAAACAAUUUAUACCAUUUUUUUUAUAACUUAAAAUAAUUUCUUUAUUACCACAAUUUUGAUUUAUGUAAUGAUGAAAUGUAAAAUAAUCGUAUGGCUGUUAUCUAUUUUUUCAUUAUUUUGAAUUAAAGUCAUAAAUAGUGAUGUUAGAAUAAAUAUUUAAGAACUAAAAA